AUGCACGCCCCAUCAUUUCUCACUCUUUUUGUUUCCGCCAGUGGAGCUUUGGCGGUUUCUACUUGCGCCCUGGCGCCAACUCCAAAGAGAGGACCUGAUGUUGUUGGGACAUGUACCAAUGUUUCCGAUACAAAAUGUGUUGGGCGCGACAUUUCGAUUUGGUUUUCACCUCCGAGAGGCAACACAGGAGGCGUCCUACGAAUUCGUAAUAACGACAAGAAUAUUCGCAAGAUUGUACAAGUUCGGCAGGAUAACAUCGCGACAAAUUUCUGGAUUAAUGGAGGCGACGAAUGUGUUACAUCAAAUCUGCGCAUGACUGGCAUAAAUGGUUAUUCCUCAUGGUAUAACGCGUAA